AUGGUAAAGCAAUAUUUAGAAGAUUAUGCAGAAGACGUGAAGAACUUUAUUCACUUCGAAACUCAAGUCGUGGAUGUGCGGUUGAAAGACUCUAGCUUGAGUACUUGGGAGUUGGUCACCAACAAUCUUCGCACGGGCAUUACAAAGUUCAGCAUAUACGAUGCUGUGGUAGUCGCAAGCGGCCAUUUUACCGUCCCUUACCUCCCAGAUAUACUAGGUAUCCAGUGCUGGGACAAAACUUAUCCGGGGUCUAUCUCGCACUCCAAGUUCUAUGAUUCUCCCGAGGCAUUCCGAGGCAAGAAGGUUGUUGUGGUUGGGAGCUCUGCCUCUGGACUCGACAUCGGUGCUCAAAUCAAUGGAGUGAGCUUGGGAAAAAUCCUGGCCUCCCAGAAGUCGGAGUCCUACCUAUCCGCUUCAUCUCCAGCAGAUAAGAUCAUUUGUCCCGAGAUCGUCGAGUUCUUGUCUCCGGCAAAUCAUGACCGAGCCAUCCGUUUUGCAAAUGGCCACGUCGAGGAACGUAUCGACGCGAUCGUCUUCUGUACAGGAUACUUCUAUUCCUUUCCAUUCUUGUCAUCCCUCGAACCUCCGGUUAUUACGCAUGGUUGGAGAACAAUGAAUACAUUCCGGCAUUUGUUCUACAUUGAUCGCCCCACCAUGGUGUUUCCCGUCUUGUCCCAGCGAGUGAUUCCAUUCCCUAUGGCCGAAAAUCAAGCCUCUGUCUUUUCUCGCGUGUGGUCAGGCCGUCUCCAUCUUCCCUCUACGGAGGAAAUGAGAGCAUGGGAGAGUAUUGAAAUCGCAACCAAGGGUGAUCAAAAAGCCUACCACGUACUUCCAUUCCCGCAGGACGCAGACUAUCUGAACUCCCUGUAUGACUGGGCAGCGUCGGCCGAGCCCCGUAAAGGACUUGCGAAGAGUGGGAAGGGGAAACUUGGCACCUAUUGGGGUGAACGAGAGAGGUGGAUCCGGGCCAAUUUCCCUGAAAUUAGAAGAGCUUUUGUUCAGAGGGGCGAUCAACGGAGGAAGAUCCGGUCCCUCUCAGAGCUCGGGUUCGUAUUCGAGGAGCAGAAGAGGUACCAAGGACAAGAAAAGCUAUGA